AUGGCUCAGGAAAAUUAUCUGAAUCUUAAGGAAACUGAGCUGAGAUUGGGAUUGCCAGGCACAGAUGAAUCUGAGUUCAUUGGUUGUUCUGCUAAGAAUAACAAGAGAGCCUCACCUGAGUCUGUUGAUGACAGUGAAUCAAAGGCUAAUUCUGCUGCAAAAUCCGCUGAGCAUGAAACGUCAUCUGCCUCAAAGGCUCAAAUAGUUGGAUGGCCACCUGUGAGGUCCUACCGGAAAAACAAUUUCCAGCCGAAGAAAGUAGAAUCUGAAACUGGGAUGUAUGUGAAAGUAAGCAUGGAUGGAGCCCCUUAUCUUAGAAAGAUUGAUCUCAAAGUUUAUAAUGGAUACCUAGAGCUCCUCAAGGCUUUAGAAAACAUGUUCAAAGUCAGCAUAGGUGAGUACUCAGAGAGGGAAGGCUACAAAGGAUCAGAAUUUGCUCCUGCAUACGAAGAUGAAGAUGGUGACUUGAUGCUUGUUGGAGAUGUUCCUUGGGAUAUGUUAAUGUCAUCCUGCAAGAGACUCAGAAUCGUGAAAGUAUCAGAAGCCAAAGGCCUAGGUUGUGCCGUGUGA